UUGGUCGUCUAAGAAUCGAGGACAACCCAAGUUAACAAACUGGAUUUUUCAGCAGAAGCAGUUAAAUAGGCCGGAUUUUUGGAAUUUACAGUACAUGGUACUGUAACGACUUGGAACGAAAAAGGACUCUUCUCUUUUUUAAGUAAUGCAAGCAGCAGUGAUGGAGGAAUCAAACGUAGAGACCGUUGAACAAACAAUCACUAACAACCAACAAGAACAUGCCCAGUUCGAGCAGCCAUCAUCGCCCACUUCUGUCGCUACGCCGACAAGUACCAACAGCGGUAAUACCAGCAAUGCAACACCAACAUUUAGUUAUGAUGACCUGUUUCCGGCAUUGCCAGCGAAUACCGCCGCUCCACUUAGUAGUAACGCCGCUCCACCGUGUGUUCGAGUGACCACCACACAAAAAACUCAGGUGUUGCAUGUUACUGGCGAGGAGCGAAAAACUACUGAAUCGGAUAAAUUCGGUGAAGGGGAAUCAAGACGAAUUUGUCAGCAAAUUUCAAAGGAUACCGGGGCUCAAAUUGAGAUUGCUGGUGGCAAGAAUCAAUCUCUAACCUUCCUAAUUAAGGGCAAGCAAAGUGAAAUCUUAGAUGCCCGUCGUCGCAUUCUAAUGCAUUUCUCUACGCAAGCUAGCAAACUGGUGUCGAUACCUAAAGAGCAUCAUCGCGUCAUUCUGGGUAAGCGUGGUGAACGUUUGCGUGAAUUAGAGCGAGUAACCGCAACGCGUAUAAAUAUUCCCUCUCAAACGGAGGAGAGUGAUAAUAUCACAAUUUCGGGCACUAAAGAGGGUAUCGAAAAGGCCGAACAAGAAAUCCGCCAAUUGUCGGCUGAACAAUAUAAGAAAUGCUCAGAUCGUACUUCCGUACCGAAAGUGUAUCAUCCGUUUAUUGUGGGUCCUAACAAUGAAAACCUUACAAAGUUGAUGGAAGAGACUGGCGCGAAAAUCAAUGUGCCACCACAAUCGGUGCAAAAGGAUGAGAUUGUGAUUUCGGGCGAGAAGGAUGCAGUAGCUAAUGCUAAAGCAAAAGUGGAAGCCAUUUAUAAAGAAAUGGAAAAGAAAUGCUCCACUGUUAGCGUUGAAGUUGCUAAGUCACAACAUCGUUACGUUAUCGGUCCAAAAGGCUCAACGUUGGCGGAUAUUCUUCGCAUCACUGGAGUUUCAGUUGAAAUGCCACCGACGGAUUCCCCAUUGGAGACCAUAACAUUACGUGGACCCCAGGUGGCUUUAGGUAACGCGUUGACCGUUGUUUACCAAAAGGCCAAUUCGGUGAAAUCGGUUGAAAUCGAAGCGCCUAAUUGGACACACAAGUAUGUUAUCGGUCGCAAAGGUGCCAAUAUGCGUCAAUUGGAAGAGGAAUGCCCCAAUGUGAAUGUCUUCUGUCUGGACGACAAAAUCAAACUAGAGGGUGAUCCAGAACGUGUUGAUCAGGCAACAACAUAUAUCAACGACAUUGUGCACAAUUACUUAGACCACUAUACGUAUGUGGUGAUGACCGUAAACCCAUCCUACUACAAACAUAUCAUUGGCAAAGCUGGCGCAAAUGUAAACCGUUUAAAGGACGAACUGAAAGUGAACAUAAAUAUUGAGGAAGAUCAGAAUAACAUACGUAUUGAGGGUCCCAAGGACGGCGUUCAACAGGCUCAGCUUGAAUUACAAGAAAAAAUCGAUAAACUGGAAAAUGAAAAGUCAAAGGAUGUUAUCAUCGAUCGCCGUUUGCAUCGUUCGAUAAUUGGUGCCAAGGGUGAGAAAAUACGUGAGAUGAAGGAUCGUUAUCGUCAAGUCACUAUUACCAUACCAAGUCCUCAAGAAAAUACGGACAUUGUUAAGCUACGUGGUCCUAAAGAGGAUGUCGACAAGUGCCACAAAGAUUUGCUGAAACUCGUUAAGGAAAUUCAGGAAUCUUCUCACAUCAUUGAAGUACCCAUCUUUAAACAGUUCCAUAAAUUUGUCAUCGGCAAAGGCGGCGCUAAUAUUAAGAAAAUACGUGACGAAACUCAGACGAAAAUCGAUUUGCCAGCGGAGGGUGACACGAAUGAAGUAAUUGUCAUCACAGGAAAGAAAGAAAAUGUUCUCGAAGCCAAGGAACGAAUUCAAAAGAUCCAAAAUGAGCUGUCCGACAUCGUUACUGAAGAAGUUCAGAUUGCUCCCAAAUUCUAUAAUUCUAUCAUUGGAACAGGCGGUAAAUUGAUUUCAGCUAUAAUGGAAGAAUGUGGCGGUGUUUCCAUCAAGUUCCCCACCAGCGACUCGAAAAGUGACAAGGUGACAAUUCGCGGCCCCAAAGACGAUGUGGAAAAAGCCAAAGCCCAAUUGCUUGAACUUGCCAACGAACGUCAACUAGCUUCAUUCACUGCUGAAGUGCGUGCCAAGCAACAGCAUCAUAAAUUUUUAAUUGGUAAAAAUGGCGCUUCCAUCCGCAAAAUUCGUGAUGCCACCGGUGCUCGCAUUAUUUUCCCUUCCAAUGAAGAUGAAGACAAGGAGGUCAUAAUAAUCAUCGGCAAAGAGGAUAGUGUGAAGACCGCCAAAGAGCAAUUGGAAGCCAUUAUUAAAGAUAUUGAUCAAGUAACUGAAGGAGAGAUAUCUGUCGAUCCCAAGUACCAUAAACAUUUUGUUGCAAAACGUGGAGAAAUCUUACAUCGCAUAGCCGAAGAGAAUGGAGGUGUUAUGAUUUCAUUUCCACGACCUGGAAUCGAUUCUGACAAAGUUACAUUGAAGGGUCCCAAGGAUUGUAUUGAGGCAGCGAAACAACGCAUUGCCGAAAUAGUUGCCGACUUAGAGGCGCAGGUCACUAUUGAGGUAGUCAUUCCACAGCGACUACAUCGCACUAUAAUGGGUGCGCGUGGGUUCAAAGUACAACAAGUGACCUCUGAACAUGAUGUACAAAUUAAAUUCCCCGAUCGCGAUGCAACCAAUCCCGUUGAAGGCUUGAUAAAUGGCACUAACAGUAAUGAUGAAGGCGGUGAUGAAAAUGUGGAACCUAUACGCGAAUGUGAUAUUAUUCGCAUAACCGGCCGCAUCGAAAAAUGCGAAGCAGCUAAGCAGGCUCUGAUUGAUUUAAUACCAAUCGUCAAGGAGCUCGAGGUGCCCUACGACCUACAUCGCACAAUCAUCGGUCCCAAAGGUGCCAAUGUUCGUCAAUUUAUGUCCACAUACGAUGUGCACAUAGAAUUGCCGCCUAGCGAAACGAAGUCUGAUCUGAUAAAACUCAGCGGUACUCCGGCGCAUGUAGAAGAAGCCAAGCUAGCUUUAGAUAAAAUGAUUGAGGAAUACGAAGCAGACCGUGCGGAUCGUGAGCUUCGUUCUUACGAGUUGAAAAUCGAUGUUGAUACGCAGUAUCAUUCGAAAUUGAUUGGCCGACGCGGUGCUGUCAUCAAUAAGUUGCGUGCUGAUCACGAUGUUCAAAUCUCGCUGCCAAAACGUACUGAUCCCGAUCCACGGAUUAUUACAAUUACCGGUUACAAAGCCAAUACCGAGGCCGCGCGUGAUGCCAUUAUGGAAAUUGUGGGUGACUUACAGGAUUUGUAUCGUGAGGUCAUCGAAGUGGAUUCGCGCAUACAUUCGCACAUUAUUGGUCAUCGUGGUCGCACCAUUCGCAAGAUUAUUGAAGAUAAUAAGGUUGACAUUAAGUUCGCCUCUUCUGAUGAAGCUCAAACUAAUCCCAAUGGUGUAACAAUUAUUGGCAAAGAAGAAGAUGUCGAAAAUGCUAAGGAAAUUAUACUCAAUAUGGCUGAAGACUAUACAAAUGAAUACUUGGACAAUUUGCCACCAUCACCACAACCUCAGACUGUUGCGGCCUUCUUACCAGGUGGAAAUGAGAAUGGUUUUGUUAUUAAAAAUGCACCGUGGGAGAAAUCUAACGACAAGCAAGGCAAGAGCUCUGCUCCCAAUACUCAGUCGCAGGAAGAUUUUCCAGAUUUCGCAGCUGGAGGCCCAAUACCAUUGGCUACUCCCUUAACAUCAGCAUGGGGGCCGAAAAACUAAAUGAAAAAGUAAAAUC